CAAAGGGGAAAUCGGGAGUCGAUUAUUCCAGACUAAACGAGGUCUACAUGGAGAUAACUAGUUUAACGAAGAGCUGUAUUGUCUAACAAAUGUAUGUGCGCAUACGCAGGUGAUUGAGUGCUUAAUCUACAGUAUGUGUGCGCACGUCGACUAUAAGAAUCUCCUGGCCUCGCUACUCGGUAUGGUUAGUCAUUAGCGCGGCGACUGCCACUAUCCUAGAUGGAAGUCUUGGAACCUUCAACCCAUCUGCCUUGUAAUACACCCACUUCAUAUCUGUUGUCUAAAAUGCCAUAUUAUGGUCACCUUGGGACACUUUUUGCGAAACCACAUAAGUGGGCCGCCCUCCAUCGAGAUCUCCUACGAGUAAAGGAGGAUCAAGUCUCUUCAGAGAGAUUAGUUGGCUCCACAUAUCUGCCGCAAGAUGGCGAUCAAGAAUUUGAAGCUAUCGCUGCGAAUUUUGUCAAGCCAACAAGGGAGGAUUUUCUUGACGGCACAGUCGACUUUAAUUACACUCAGAAUCCUUUCUGGAAUGUCUUUUCCAUGCUUGGACAGAUGAUGCAACUGGAAGAAGAAGCAGAAGGAAACCAACCUAACAGCCAAUAUUUUCGAAUGUCGAAACAUACAAUGGAAUAUCUCAUCAAUAUUCUUCUUGGGCAGGUCCACUUGGCCACGUGGUUUGUCUUGCUUCGUGACUCAAACAUCAGUUUUCACAUCCAUUCCUGCGGUGUUAAGGGUGCUUUGAAGCCUGCAGGAGUUCUCAGCAGGUGCUCUGACCUCAGAAACAAAAUCACGCUUCCAGUUGCCACAUUUUCGGUGAUGUGUCCCCAGAAAAACAAAGACGCCAUCUGCCAUGAAAUUCCGCAAAUUCUCAUACAAGCUAUAUUAACUUUCCAAACGAAUCCAACACUUAAAACCCACCAGCCAUUUGCACUCCGGAUCGAUGGAACCAAACUUCAGCUUAGCUCUGCCCUAAUACCUCAAACAUACAUCCAGAAUCUCAGUCGCGGUAACCCACUUACUGGAGAGCUUACAAUUCUUCACUCUGUGGCUUAUGAUCUACGGGACCCCGAGGAGCGAAGGGAGAUCUUGAGACUUCUUGUUGGUCUUCUGAGAUGCCUUGAUGCUGUAGAUUUUUAAAUAAUUAACAUAAUAUCACUCCAUGCCAAAUUGCUAUUCGUGGAGUAUCUAUUUGGACAGUGUAUCAUAC